AUGACAGAAGCCACCAAGGAAAUAAAACCCGCUGGAAGAACCAUUUUAGCCUCAACAAUAGCCAAGCCUUACACGGAUGAAGUCACAAAGAACUUACAGAAGCUUAGUUUCACCCCCAAAUUAGUUGGUUUCUUAGCAAAUGAUGAUCCAGCUGCCAAAAUGUAUGCGAACUGGACUAGUAAAACGUGCGAAUCAUUAGGAUUCAAGUAUGAUUUGGUCACAGUUGAUAAGAAUGAUUUAGAGGGAGCCUUGAUACGGGCAAAUAAUGAUGAACUAGUGAAUGGUAUUAUGGUAUACUUUCCAGUUUUUGGUGACAAGCAAGAUCAGUAUCUACAGCAAUUGAUUUCUCCAGCGAAAGAUGUGGAAGGAUUGAAUUUCUUGUACUACAAGAAUCUUUAUCACAAUGAAAGGUUUUUAGACCCACCUCAUAAUGAGCAGAAAUCUAUACUUCCAUGUACUCCACUAGCAUUAGUCAAAAUUCUAGAGUACCUAGGUGUCUAUAAUAGUCUAUUACGUUAUGGGAACAGACUCUACGGAAAAAAGGUAAUGGUUGUCAACAGGUCUGAAAUCGUUGGUAGACCCUUAGCAGCGCUUCUUGCUAAUGAUGGAGCAACUGUUUAUUCUGUUGACAUUAAUAAUAUCCAACAAUUUACGAGAGGUGAUGACUUACUGGAACUGAGGCACAAAGUCAUUGACUUGAACACCAAUGAAUACACUAUAGAAAACCUCGCACCGCAAUGCAACGUGAUAAUUACUGGGGUACCUUCAGAAUCGUAUAAGUUUCCUGCUGAUUUAGUCACUUAUGGUACUGUCGUCAUAAACUUUUCAAGCAAUAAGAAUUUCAAUGACGAUAUCAAAUUGAAAGCUGGACUUUAUGUCCCUUCAAUCGGUAAGGUUACAAUUGCAAUGCUUUUAAGGAACCUUCUCCGAUUAAUAGAAAAUAAGCAAAUAAGGAUACUGAAAGCUGAUGGCCCUAAAGAGGUUGAAUAG